UCUUUGUACCAACCUCACAUGUAUCAAUGGGGAGGAGAUGAACGUCACACAGCAGUGUAUACGAGAGACAGAGCAGCGAUAAGAGACUUUUGAGGAUCUAAUGUCUGGACAAGAAGAAGAAGAAGAAUGAGAAGAAGGACGUCUUCUCUCCAUACAGUCUGUGUAUCUUUGACUUCGUCAUGGAUAAAGCGACCAUGGAUGUUGUUUUUCCGAACAUGAGUGCUGGAGAUGUGGCGGUCUACACUCUGUGUCUUGCUAUUUUGGAGAAAGUGAUGGACACUGAUUUUGUUUGCCCUUGCCAACCUGUCUUUAAUGAAUUGAAAUGUGCUUGUUAUGCCAUAGUGCCUUUCUUUUUUUUCUUGUUUUUUACUUUGAAAUUUGUGGACUUCUCCUCAAAGACACAAAAUGGAGGGAUGGAGGACAAGUCCAAAAGAAAAGUAUCCUGCUCCACUCAGACAUCCCCAAAGAUGGAGAACAGAAGAAGGGAUGACAUUCCUGAAAGUGAAGCACUCUCCUCAGCUGUCGGACCCAUAGAGACGGAUGACGUCCCCAGAAAUAAAGCGCCCUGCUCUGCUGACACAUCCCCAAUGUCGGGGGAUAAAGGAACGAAGAGAAACUCCACAAGGGAGAAAUAUCUCUUCUCUUCUUUCAUAGCCAUCACCUGGCUGUUUUUCUUCUUUGUUGAUGGCCAAUACGUGUCCUGUGCCUGUUCUUACUGGGGAGGUAAAUACACUGAAACUGGUGCUUUAAAGUGGUGCAAACCGACUGGAAAUGAAACGGAGGUGUUUCAGAGGAAGCAGGAGACACUGAGGAUGAUCAGCAUAUCUCAGUUUACAGGUUUUGGAAUAAUGUUCAUCAUCACCAUCAUUCUCGGAUUCUUAUACUGUUGUCCCUGCUGCAGUGCUUGUUGUCCCUGCUGCAGUAAUUGUUGUCCCUGCUGCAGUGCUUGUCAUAAUCGUGAAUGUCUGGACAGUGAUGUGGCUCAGAGCAACCGGAACAACAGUGCAAAGUUAUGAAAUGUGACCAGGAUCAUCUGUAAUGAUGGAGAAUCAGUAGUGACUCAGUGAUCAGAUGGUUGAGAGUUCAAAUCCCAGGACUGCCAUGAAGAGCAUUAACCCUCGACUGCUCAGUACUGUAGUGUCCAAAUUUAGAUAAAUGAGAUUGGUGUUUGUUCUGUAAUUAGUUUUUACAUGCUGUUAUCGUCUGAUUUUAUUUUAAUUUUUUUCUUCUUAAGCAGUCUGAGACAAACCUUCUGUAAGUU